GGUCCCGGCCCCGGCCCCCGCCCCGCUCGGGGCCGAGGGGCAGCACCGAGCAGCUUCACACCUCGGGGGUGAAAUUCGUCACCCCGCGUUCACAGCCGCGGCCCGGGCCCCCCCGGCACCCCCGGCCUUUGAAGUGCGGCAGCCGCGAAGGUGCCUCUUCACACCUCCGGGCCGGCAUAAAGCCGGGGCGCUGGGAGCCGCGGCACACCGCUGCCAGCCCCGGCCCCGCCAUGGCCCACGGCCGCACGCUGCCCGCCGCCCCGCCGGCCCGCCGCGCCGAGCGCGGAGCCCCGGACCCGCCGGGCUACAGCAGCAGCUCGCCCGCGGCAUCGCCCGACUCCUGCGGGCUCGCGUCCCCCGCCGCUCGGGGGCCCUGCCGCGGGCACGCCGCCCCCCGCCCCAGGGGCAGGAAGGGGCCGCGGGGCGGCGGGGCGGCGGGGGUCCCGCGGCAGAGCGCCAGCGAGCGGGAGAAGCUGCGGAUGCGGCGGCUGGCGCAGGCCCUGCUGCGGCUGCGGCACUACCUGCCGCCCGCGCUGGCGCCCGCCGGACAGACCCUCACCAAGAUCGAGACCCUGCGCCUCGCCACCCGCUACAUCGCCCACCUCUCCGCCCUGCUGGGGCUCGGCCGCGGCGCGCCGGCCCCCCGACACUGUCCCCUGUGUCCCCGGGGCCUGGGGUGCUGCCAGGACACGGAGCCCCGCGAUGCUUCGCCGCCCGGCGCCGCGGGCUGGGGCUCACCCGCCGUGGCGGGGAUGCCCCCGGAGCUGCACGGGGCCCCCGGCUUGGGGACGGCCUGGGGGUCCCCUCUCUGCAGCCCUGCUGCGGGCACUGCCCAGGAGGUGCUCGGGGGUCCGGAGCUGGCGUUAGAGACCUGGGGGUCACCCCCCUACACCCCUGCUGCAGGGACCCUCCCAGAUGCACUUGGGGGUCCCAACAUCAGAAUGGAGACCUGGGGGUCUCCCUCCUACAUCCCUGCAACCAGGACCCCUCCAGAGGUUCUUGGGGUUCCCAACAUCCAGACGGAGACCUGGGGGCCACCCCCCUACGUGGCUGCCAUGGGGACCUCCUCAGAGCUGAACAAGGCCGUCACCUCCCCUGCGUCACCCUGGCUGACCCCUCCCCACUCUGCAGGGGCUGUGGCCCCCCCGGAUCUCCCUGGUGAUGUCCUGGACUCGGGACUGGUGCUGUCAGAGUUCGUGGGCACAGGGACCGUCACCCAGGAUCUCUCUGCGGACCUGCUCUCCCUGCUGGAGGCCCUGUUCCCAGCACAGCCCCGGCACUGACCCGGGUGAGUCCCCGGGCCUGGAGCACCCCGAUGCCCAUCUGGAGCCCUGCAGCUGGGGACACGCUGGCCUUGGGACAGCUGCAGGAACGAGCUGCCCCGUCGGAGCCCGGAGCCGUGCUGGACGCGCCGGGUGGCGGCGGCUGGAUGUGAAUAAACCCUUGUGCCCUCUCU